AUGGCUAUCAUGAGCGACAAAGACAAAGGAAACAAUGGUGGCUUGUCAGACACACUCGGCCUUAAGGCCGAGGGUCCGCGAGAUGUACAGGAGGGUGUGAUUGCCUCAAACGCUGAUAACCUGCAACGUCAUCUCGGAAACCGUCAAAUCCAGCUUAUCGCCAUCGGUGGUUCGAUCGGAACCGCCCUGUUCGUGAGUAUCGGCACUGGUCUUUACCACGGUGGACCAGGUAGUUUGUUCAUCGCCUUUGCCGUUCAAAGUAUAUUUUUGGCCAUGGUAAACAACUGCCUCGCUGAAAUGACUACCGCUUUCCCUGUCAGUGGUGGUUUUAUUCGCCUGGCUGGAAAAUGGGUAGAUGAUGCUCUUGGAUUCAUGGUUGGCUGGAACUUUUUCUUCUACGAGGCACUGUUGAUUCCAUUCGAGAUCUCAGCUUUUACUCUCGUGCUAUCAUUUUGGAGUGAUAAAAUUACCGAACCUGGACCAGUCGCUGGUAUCUGUGCUGCAGUCAUCUUCAUUUAUGGUUUCUUGAACAUCUUGGCCGUCAAGGCUUAUGGUGAAGCCGAGUUCUGGCUUUCCGGCGGCAAGGUUAUUUUGAUCUUUUCCUUGUUUUUCUUCACCUUCAUCACGAUGGUUGGCGGGAAUCCAGCCCAUGACGCUUAUGGUUUCCGCCACUGGAACAAUCCUGGUUCCUUCAUGGAAUAUCUAGAUGGUGGUGCCCUCGGCCGCUUUGAAGGCUUCUUGGGUUCGCUUUGGUCAGCUUGCUUCGCAGUUGUUGGUCCCGAAUACAUUUCGAUGGUUGCUGCGGAAGCCAAGCGCCCCCGAAUCUACAUUAAGAAUGCUUUCAAGACGGUUUAUAUUCGAUUCGGUAUUUUCUUCAUCGGUGGUGCUCUGGCCGUGGGUAUUGUCUGUGCUGCAAAUGAUCCGCAGCUGGUAGCUGUUGUCACGGGCAGCUCUGACGGUUCGGCUUCUGCAUCACCAUAUGUCAUUGGCAUGCGAAACCUCGGAAUCUCAAUCUUUCCCUCCGUUGUUAAUGCUUUAUUGUUGACAUCUAUCUUCUCUGCUGGCAAUACUUAUACCUACUGCGCCAUCCGUACUUUGUACGGCUUGGCACUAGAAGGAAGAGCUCCCAGAGUCCUUACACGCACCACACGCCAAGGUGUACCGAUUUAUUGCUUCGCCGUAGUGAUGAUCUUCCCUCUCCUUUCCUUUUUGCAGGUCUCGAGCAGUUCAUCCAUCGUCAUCACCUGGUUUGCCAAUCUUGUCACUGCCGGAGGACUUAUCAACUAUAUUGUCAUCACCAUCACAUACAUCUGCUUCCACCGUGCAUGCAAAGUGCAAGGUGUUGACCGCAGAUCGUUCUCCUAUUUCGGUUGGCUCCAACCGCACUGUGCGUGGAUGGCAUUGGUCUGGAUGAUCAUCGUCACUAUCGUCUACGGCUACCCAUCAUACAAACCUUGGUCCUUGUCUACCUUCUGGUCCAGCUACACCAUGCAAAUCGUUAUUCCGCCUCUAUUCCUCAUAUGGAAGGUCUUGAAGAGAACCAAGUUUGUGAAGUCACGUGAAGUAGAUUUGGUAUGGGAGCGGCCUUUGAUUGACGCUUACGAGGAUAGCUUCCUUGACCCACCCACCGGCUUCUGGAGAGAAAUUGGCCAGAUGGUGGGUAUUGGGCGGUCCAAAGGUAGCGAAAACAGGCGAUCAAACUCGGUCGCUCAGCCGGAAGAAUCUACUGUGGGAUCGAAGGCAUGA